AAACCCCGCGAGACCCGCUCCAGUCCACGGCGUCUCCCGUCCUCCCCACUCGCGCGCAACCGCAGCCCGCCUCUCUGUCCUCUCAACCACCGCAGUCACCACCCCCCGACGCGAACGAGACGCCGUGCCGCCGAUCGAGGCCUGCCGAUGGACCGGCGGCCGGAGCUGCGGCGCGCCAUGACGCUCAAGGAGCAGCUCUCCACGCCCGCCGAACCGGCCAUCCGCGACUUCCUCAGGAUCCCGGACGACGACGACGACGAGGAAAGGCCGUGCACGCUCAUGGACGCCAUCGACCGGGACGUUCGAGGCGAGGGCGGGGCCGGCGGUGCGAUCAACUGGAGGCCGCUGCGCCACCGGCUCUGGCUCCGCCGCGCCGCGGGGGCGUGGCACGCGGCGGGGUCGGAGACCAAGCCUAGCGCUGCGGCGAGCCGUGCCGCCCCGAGAAGCAGCGGCAAGAGCAACUACACGUCCGGUGAGGCGUCCGCCGCCUUCUCCCGCGCGCCGUCGCUUCGCGCCGUGGUCGACGACGAGGGCGGCAGCGACGUCGAAGAGGAGGCGGAGGACAAUGAUUUGCCGCCGCCGGCCGCGGCGUCGACGUCCCUCAUGACGCUGAUGGAGCAGGCCGACGGCCACUGGGACGAAGCGGGCGAGGACGGCGGCGCGUCCCGGUGCGGCUCGGUCGAGGACAACGACGAGGACGGUCGCGGCGAGCGCCACGAAGAGGAAGAAGAGGAGGAGCUGCAGGUGUGCUGCGUGUGCAUGGUGCGGCACAAGGGCGCGGCCUUCAUCCCGUGCGGCCACACCUUCUGCCGCCUCUGCUCCCGCGAGCUCCGGCACACCCGCGGCAACUGCCCGCUCUGCAACGUCUUCAUCCAGGACAUCCUCCACAUCUUCUGAACUGGAUCCUCUGCCAUGCAUAGUUGCAUGUCGCCGAUGUUCAGUCAUGGGUUAAUUUGUUUGGAAUAAGAAACAAUGUUGGGAAUGGAUGUAAAUUUUGAAACGGUUUUUCUUCGAA